AUGGCGCAAACAGGAGAUUCAAGACCCCCAUAUCCACCGCCGGAAGGUCCAAGCCAAGGAAGCUACUACGGACAGCAGCACUCGCCGCAGCAGCGACCUCCCACAAGAGAUGAAAGUGGCCCAUACUCUGCGCCUCCAUCUGGAUCCGAGCCACCUCGUCAGGGCCAGUAUCCCCCUGCUCCAGCUCCGCAUGACCCAAGAGCGCCGGCGCCCUACCCUCCCCCUGGUCAGUGGCCUGGACAGCAACACAGUGCUUAUCCUCCACCGCCGCCGCAUCAUUACCCUGAUCCCCAGGGGCCUUACAACUACCCACCUCCUCGACCAGAUAUGGGUCAGCCUCCUCAGCCGCUGCAACCCGAUGCUUACCGUCUGCCUCCCCCGAACCCGCACUACCCUUAUGGGCCCUACUAUCAAGCUGCACCGCCGCCUGCUCAGGCUCCACGCCAGCGUACUGCCAUUGCUUGCAAGUACUGCCGGAAACGCAAGAUCAGGUGCUCCGGCUACGAGAACUCUCCCGACGGGCGGUGCCAAAACUGCGUGCGCUUCAAUCAGCAGUGUCUCUUCCAUCCAGUGUCAUCGCAGGCUGCUUUUGUGCCGGCUUCUGCGGUCUAUGGUCCAAAUGCUCGGUCCCCCAUGACCCCCCAGGACGGGCGCCCUGGUGAGAACGGCCAAUAUCGGAAUGGCGAUCAGCCUCCUAUGCUCUAUGGCGCCCACGGCCAGCCGCUAGGACCUCCUCCUGGACCCCAGGCUCAGCAAGGAUACAACUAUGGACCUCCUGCCCAAGGCUACCCUCCGCAAGGUUAUCAAUAUCCGCCGCCGCAGUAUCCGCCGCAACAACAGGGUCAUUCUCCAACCGGACAGAAUGGACCUCAUUAUGAGCAUCAAGGACAAGCUCACCAUCAAGAUGACCGAGUCAGUCUUAAGCGUCCCCCUCCCGAUGAUGAUCCGCACAACGAGAAUUCUCAUACUUCUCAGUCUCCACACCCGAACGCACGGGCCCGUCAUAGUACGUAUGACUCGCGCGCAAAUUCCCGGGAUAGCUAUAGCUACCCAUCCGAUCCCUCAAAUUUGACCCCUACUUCCCCUGCGACUUCGAUUAUGAGCCACCAGUCAUAUCCCCCGCAACCGUACACGAAUGGUCAUGGACAGAAGGGUAACAUUUCUCCUCCCGCAGGCUUGACUCCGAAUUCAGCUCAGAGCUACCACUCGCCGCAUACGGCCGAUGGCGCAACUCCCCCUCCAAACCCGUCCAAUUCUGCCGGGCCUGCUGCCAACGGUCGCAGCGGCAUGAGCGUGCACGAUAUGCUCCAUGGCGGCCAUCCCGAGCAGCGCGCGAAGAACGACAACGAUAUGCUCAGCAAGCUCGAUGGCAAGAAAUGA